GCCCUCACAGGACCGGCGCGAGAGGCGGUUCGCUUCCUUGAGGUUCCCGAGCUGAUCAAGGAAGAUGGCGUGAAGACCGUGAUCAAGGCGCUCACCUCUGCCUUCGAGCCCUACCAGGAGACAGCCUUGCCAAGGGCCAUGGAGACGGCUCUGUACGGGCAUGCCCGGGCACACAAGGAGCGAUCCCGCAGCGUGGAUCUUCCUUCGAAGGCCAAGGGCUACCUACUUUACCGGCAGUCCAAUCUGGACAAGGAGCUGGACGCACGGCUCCUGACCUGGCUGGCUGGCGACUACUCCGAGGACGUGGUCGUGGCCAACCUCCGAAGACUGGACCGAGCGAUACAGGAAGGAAGCCGAAAGAACAAUGCCUACUACGAGGGCCUGGAGGAAGACGAUGCCGGCGAUGCAGAGGGCGAAUGGCAGGAGCACGAGGCAUACUACGAGGACUAUGGCAACGCGAUUGACGACGACGAGGCCCUGGAAGAGACCUACUACCAGGACCCGGCACCAGACGAGGCGUUCCAGGAUGUGGUCGAAGAGGACGAGCUCCUGGAAGUUCUGGCCUCCUACCAGGACGUGCGCGACUCACUGCGCAUGGCCCGGAACGGUCGGGGCUACUACCCGAAAGGAUCCAAGGGCUCUUUCGGCCCACUCCCAAGCGGCAAGGGGAAGCAGAAAGGACAAGGUGCCGGACAUGCGGACAGGCCGGCCACUGGUCUCGUGAGUGCCGGGCUUCUGCUGCACAGCCGUCUUCGUCGUCAGGGCACAGGACAGCACGACAAGGAGCCCGAAGACGCAGCCAGUGCAAAAGACAGCUCGUUGCCGUUUAUAGGUGUCGCGACCCAAAGCUUCCAGGGGAUAGUCGACACCGCAGCACAGGAAGGGCUUGUUGGCAAACCAGCUCUUUUGCGCCUUCUUGAAGAACUCCGAAAGCAAGGACUCCGGGGGUACUGGAAUGGGAAAACUUCCGAAGCCCGCGGCAUAGGCGGCCGCGCCACCUCCCUAGGAACAGUUGAGGUACCUGUCGGUUUCGGCGGGAUUGCGGGCAUACUCGAGCUCACCGUAGUUGCUGAAGAUGUUCCCCUGUUGGUCCCGGUCAAUCUCCUGAAGGCCCUCGGUGCUGUUAUCGACUUAGACGAGGGAUUGCUUCACCUACGUAAGGUCAACACGGUUUGCGACAUGAGCUUCCUGUCGUCGGGUCACCCGGUCAUUAGCAUCAUUGACUUCGGCAAGGGAUGGCAUCUUCCAGAAGUUUGUCGUGAGUUUAGUUCACCGAUCGCAGCUUUGGCUCUUCAGCUCUUUGGGCAGCAGCUUCUGGAGGAGGCAGCAACGCUCAUGCUAACCAACCGCGCCCUCGGAGUGCAGCGUUCCCCUGCUCGACAAGGACAAUGGCAGCUCGUCGGCCCGGCCCCGGGCGCAAGGGCCCGACGAAAUUGGCGCGUCGUUUUGGACAAGCUCUCCUGUGUGCUGCAAUGGGCACGGUGGCAGGAGCUUGUGUCAACGUGGCUGCCGCUUCCAGAGCUCGGACAACGGCAGUCGCAGCCGCUUCCCUCGGGACCAACCUCAAGUACGACGACGAGCUCUACGAGACUUGCGCCCACGGACAAAGGAGCGGCGUACAAGCGCUACUUGCAGGAGCGCAAGCCGGAGCAGCUCUCGGCAGUCAAGGGUGCCGACGGUUUCCGUGGAGAAGUGCCAGCACCCAGCGCAGUGCCUGAAAGGUGCCGCUGGAAGUUGUCGCCGAGGACCGCGGCAGUGUUCACCGGGCGGCCGUUGGAGCCGGCCGAGGAGAUUGCCGAGAACCCCAACCUGGCCGCUCGCGUUCAGGAGAUGGCGCGGGAUGCCCUCGAGAAGGAGCACCUGGACCAGCAAGACCAGCUGCUGCAGAUCAUCGCGGACCAGCGGGAGAAGAUCGAGGAGACCCAGGCACAGCUGGACAUGCAGAACGGCCACUUCCUGGAGAGACAAAAGACCUUAGAGGAGGAAACCCGGCAACGAGCCAACUUCUUCCCCACCAGCGAGACCAAGGAGCAGUGGGAGCAGACGGCGCCAGGGCGUGGCGAGGCAGGUGAUGCAGCGCUGAGCGUCGACCAGGACCCAAUGCAUGGCCGGAGCACCGAGAAAGGGGACGGCACACUGAACAAGGCGACCCCGACAGUGCUCCGAAGGUGGCUGGUGGAACCGAACGCAUUCCUGGAGGACUUUGUUGUUGUCCGGGAGCGCGGCUUCCUUGUUCGGGGGGACCGCCACGACAUGAAGGACGAGCGCGGUGACCACGGCGAGGUAUACGUUGUCCUUAAGGAGCCCGAGCUCUACGUGAACGCCGAGUUUUCUGAGGACGGGCCCAAGGAGGCGCAGGACGUGGUCAUCGACGGCAUCCAGGCCUUUCUCGCGGACAACGACGGCCAGGACGAGCUGUGCUUGAAGCCGGUCCCGGGAAACGACCAGGAGUGCUGGCGUCGCUUUGAGGAGGCGAGGCCUGAGCUGCUCACGAUCGAGCCCGAGGACAACCGUGAGUCACACGAGAUGGCAUGCAGGUUGGCGAGGGGUUCAAUGGAG